AUGAUCCAAAUCAAAACCACUUCAGACUGUGACCGUAACCUACCAGAUGGUAUAGUGAUUCAUCAGAAACUUCACACUGGAGGGAAACCAUACAGCUGUGACCAGUGUGGGAAAACUUGUACUACAUCACGUGGCCUAAAAACCCACCAACGUGUUCACACUGGAGAGAAACCGUACAGCUGUGACCAGUGUGGAAAAACAUUUACUACAUCAUGUGGCCUAAAAACCCACCAACGUGUUCACACUGGAGAGAAACCAUACAGCUGUGAACAGUGUGAAAAAACAUUUGCUCAGUCAGGUCACCUAAAAAACCACCAACGUGUUCACACUGGAGAGAAACCGCACUGCUGUGUACAGUGUGGAAAAAUGUUUACUACAUCAUGGGGCCUAAAAACCCAUCAACAUGUUCACACUGGAGAGAAACCGCACUGGUGUGAACAUUGUGGAAAAACGUUCAACACAGCAAGUGAGCUAAAAAUCCACCAUCGUGUUCACACUGGAGAGAAACCGUACAGCUGUGACCAAUGUGGAAAAACAUUUGCUCAAUCAAGUCAGCUAAAAAACCACCAACGUGUUCACACUGGAGAGAAACCACACUGCUGUGAACACUGUGGAAAAACUUUUACUACAUCUUGUAGCCUAAAAAACCACCAACGUGUUCACACUGGAGAGAAACCGUACUGGUGUGAACAGUGUGGAAAAACUUUUACUACAUCAAGUGAGCUAAAAAACCACCAACGUGUUCACACUGGAGAGAAACCGUACAGCUGUAAACAGUGUGGGAAAACUUUCACUCAAUCAGGUCACCUAAAAAACCACCAACGUGUUCACACUGGAGAGAAACCGUACAGCUGUAAACAGUGUGGAAAAACUUUCACUCAAUCAGGUAACCUAAAACAUCACCAACGUGUUCACACUGGAGAGAAACCGUACAGCUGUGACCAGUGUGAGAAAGCUUUCAUUCAUUAUCGUUACCUAAAAAGACAUAAAAGCAUUCACACAGCAUCGCUUAAAAAAAUAAAAUAAAAUUUAAGCAAA